CGGGUUAGGGCUCGUGUCCAGCAUGGCGUUCGGGUUUGUUUAGUGCUUGUUCAACGCGUGGAGCCAAAAAAAAAAUCUCAAUAAAAUGAGUUCUCAGAAGGGUAACGUGACAAGGUCGCGGGGUCAGAAACAUCAAAACACCUUUGCCUACAAAAACGAUAAAUUCGGAGCGACAGCACAAGUGAAGAAAGCAAAUGCUAAGAUCCACGAUGGGCUCUGUCGACACUGUAAGGAUGUUCUGGAGUGGAAAGUGAAAUAUAACAAAUACAAGCCGCUGACACAGCCCAAAAAAUGUGUGAGAUGUUCUCAGAAGACAGUGAAAGAUGCGUAUCACAUCGUCUGUAAGCCAUGCUCUCUGCAGUUUGAGAUUUGCUGCAAGUGUGGGAAGAAAGAGGACAUUGUUGUUCCGAUAAACUCACAUCUCGACAAGAAGGAGGAAGAGGAAAAUGAGCAAAGACCAAAAAAAUGUGGAAGGAAGAAAGACUUGGACUUUGACAGCGAUUUUGAUGAUGAUGAUGAUGAUGAUGAUGAUGACCUCGAUGGUGUAGAAGAUGAAGACUCUGACAGUGACUCAGGACCACAAAAGACGCAAAACAAAUGUUCAGCACCGCCGGAUGUGUCAAAAGUGACUAUUAAAGAUUAAAUCAUGUAAUUACUUUUAAACCUAUUGUUUUGUCUUUAUGGUGAGAUUUUUCCUGGUUUGACUAUGAAAUUUGCCAGUGAAUCAGUCUUGUGGGUUUGUAUUUGAACUUGAAAGUCAAACGACCCCUAUCCUCAACAGAACCUAAGUUUGACUUAAUAUUGCCCCAAAGAAAAUUGGGGCACCAACAGCGUACCACACAUUUAAUUAUUUCAGGACCUGUGAAGGCUCAGUCGGAAUCCUGGUCUCAGUUUAGCGCUACACUGUUCAGUUGUCCUGAUUAGACUCUCUGCUUCUUUUUCAAGUUUCAUUUUCAUUUUUAAGCUGUUCAGUAUAGGAUACAGAAAGACAUUAUUAAAUAUAUGUAUUUAUAUAUAUUUUUUUUUAUUUUUUUUACACCUCCCAAAAAGUUGAGAUGAUGCAUUUGAUGUAAAUGGAAAACGAUGUGCACUGAUGAGUAAAUCUUGUCUCGUUUCACAAUGUAAUAUAUUGAAAUUAUUGACAUUAAGACGUUUUAGAACUCAAGGUAAAAGUCAGGUUAUUUUGAAUUUGACAGCCACACUACUAAA